AUGACACCCACUCCCUCCAUCAUUCAGGGACCAAAAGAACCCGAGCUCUGGUCUUUGACCCUUGGACAGCUUGUUCAUAUUCAAGCUGACCGGUACAGCUCGAAAGAUGCCAUUAUUGUUCCAUGGACAAAGGCACGCCUGAGCUAUCUCGACUUGAGUCGUCGGAGCGAGAUGGUAGCUCAAGGCCUUCUUGCUAUGGGAGUCCACAAGGGUAGCCAUGUCGCCAUCUUCUCGAGCGACGACGAACGAUUCAUCGAACUAUUCUUUGCUGUGGGUCGUAUCGGGGCCAUCUUGGUUAUCCUCAACAAAACAUACACGGUUGCGGAAUGCGAGCGAGCUCUGCAGCACUCCGACAGCAGCCUGCUCUUCGUGGGCAACGUUGUCAACCGUCAAUCCACUGCUCCGCUGCUCCGUCAUCUGCAGGGACACCCGAGACACAUCUUGGAGAGAAUCAUAAUGACCCGAUGGGAUCCUCAGGUGGCCGAGCCAUUCAGUACGUGGGAUAGUUUGUUACAGAAAGGCUCCUCGGUGACAAUGGGGUACCUACUCGAGGCCGAAAGUCAAGUUCACUGCGAGGAUACAGUCGCCCUGCUGUUCACCAGUGGGACAACUGGCGCGCCAAAAGCCGCGAUGCUCAGUCAUUUCAAUAUUAUAAACAACGGUCGCUCCAUGGGGGACCGUCUCGAAUUGACGCCUGACGACGUGGUGUGUUGCCCACCUCCACUGUUUCACUGCUUCGGUCUAGUUGCGGGCAUGCUAGCUGCUGUAACGCAUGGCAGCGCUAUUGUGUUUCCGCAUGCCGACUUCGAUGCCGCAGCAACGGUCGAUGCAUUGGUCGCUGAGCGCUGCACCCUCCUCCAUGGAGUCCCCGCCAUGCUGACGGCCGUUCUCCAUCAUGUGCGGCAAACCAAGGCACCGAUUCGAGGGCUGCGGACAGGGAUUAUAGGUGGCUCGAAAGUGCCUCCAACGCUCCUGGUCGAGCUGAAGAAAGAAAUGGGCUACCGGGAUAUUGUCAUAGCUUAUGGCAUGACGGAGACUUCGGCCGCAAGCUUCAUGACAAAGGUAUCUGACACGACAAAUCAAAAGCUCGAUACCGUGGGCACUAUUAUGCCGCAUGUCUCAGCAAAGAUCGUCGACCAGCACCAUCAUGUCCUUCCACAUGGCAAACGUGGGGAGCUUUGCGUCUCCGGCUACCUCCUCCAGCAGGGAUACUACCGUAAUCCAUCAAAAACUCGAGAGGUCAUGAUUCGCGAUGCAGUGGGGGUUUUGUGGAUGCAUACCGGAGAUGAGGCGGCCAUUGAUGAACAGGGCUAUUGUCAUAUAACAGGACGCGUGAAAGACAUCAUUAUCAGAGGAGGUGAGAAUGUCUAUCCUUGCGAGAUCGAAGAGCUGCUGCUGUCGCAUCCCGCUGUCGAGCAAGCCAGCGUGAUUGGUAUCCCCGAUGACCACUACGGGGAAGCCGUCGCUGCCUUCCUUCAACUUCGAGUCGGCCACGUAAAGCCUUCCUCGGAGGAGGUGAGAGACUGGGUCCGACAGGAUCUUUCACGGCACAAAAGCCCGAGCUAUAUCUUCUGGGUUGGGCCAGGGGAGACCAUCGAACGUUUUCCGGUCACCGGCAGUGGGAAGAUACGAAAAGAUAUCUUGAGAGAGAUCGGGAUCCAAAUCCCGAGGCAAGAAAGGAUGAUCAAUCUAUAGGGGUGGGAUAGAGAGAAAGGAGAAGAAGAAGAGGGGAAUUCUCUCUGCCUUGCUGCAGGCAGUGAGGCACCCAACCCGGUCACCUGAUCCAUCGG